GGAGAAUUAAUAAAGUGAAACAUUGUCUCCCUGCAGAGAUCGCUUUACAGCCCGCGUCCGCCUCCCUCACGGUUGAUAUUAUGCACGACUGUCCCCGGGGGAGGACACCGACAGAUGCUUGAGACAAGCGGUCGCGGAGAGGACACAUCCCCGGCAGCUCACAUCCAGACACAUCGCACACUGGAUCGCCGAAGGGGGUUGGGGGUGGCAUGGCGUGUGACCGCUACACAGACCGUGGUAUCAGCCUGACAUGUUAGCUAGUUUACAUCUGAAGACACAAACAGCAGAUUGUACACAGGGAAGCGGCGCAGCCAGGGCUAACCGCAAGCUAAUGCUAGCGUUGUAGCUAACAGAGCUAUUUGCUGGUGUGCAGCCAGAUAACUUCAGCCUCCUCGGUGUCUCUGCUCGCGGCCUGUUCUCUUCUUCUUCUGCCUCCCGGGACCGACGCUCUCGGGAUAAUUCAAGGGCCAUGGAUUUCCCAGGCCACUUUGAACAGCUCUUCCAGCAGCUGAACUACCAGCGUGUCCACGGCCAGCUAUGCGAUUCUGUCAUCGUCGUGGGGAGCCGACACUUUAAAGCCCACCGCUCCGUGCUGGCGGCCUGCAGCACUCACUUCAGAGCCCUGUUCACUGUUGCAGAGGGAGAUUCGAGCAUGAAUAUGAUUCAGCUGGACAGCGAGGUGGUGACGGCUGAAGCUUUCGCUGCUCUGGUGGACAUGAUGUACACGUCCACACUGAUGCUGGGGGAGAGCAACGUCAUGGAUAUCCUCCUCGCUGCCUCACACCUGCACCUCAACAAUGUAGUGAAAGCCUGUAAACACUACCUGACAACACGUACGCUGCCUAUGUCCCCGUCAUCCGACAGACCCACGCAUCACCACCCUCAGCAGGACCAGCAGAGGCGCAGGCAGCAGCAGCAGCAGCAGCAGCAGCAGCAGCAACAGGCAGAUUUAGCAGUGAAACCUAAUCUAGCAGCUGAUGCUAACCUUGCAACAAAUGCUGCCACAUCAAAGUUGCAGCGCUCCUUCCUGUUGCAGCAGCUCGGACUCAGCUUGGUGAGCUCUGCUUUGGGGGGGAUAGACGAGGAUGGGAUGGGAAAUAUAGUUGGCAAUAGAGAGGUGGGACAGAGAGCCUCUUUCCCAAUCCGGCGCUUUCACAAACGCAAGCCCUCCACUGCACUGAACCUGUCAGAAGAGAGACCAAGGCAGAGGCAACGCAGCUCAGCCCCUAACCCCGGUUUGUUGGGAGAAGAAGGGAUGAACGCAGAGCGAGAGGAAGGAGCACUCCUGUCCCCGGACUCCCACAAGAUGGGGGACGAGUCAAAAUUAGGUGCUGGCCACGUAGGGGUCUCCCAAGAUGAUCCUCAGAUGCCCAGCCAGUCAGACAGUGGACACUGUGGGGGGGAGGACUUGGGGAGAAUGCAGGGAGGAGUGAGCAAGGAGGAGGAUAUGGAUGACCACGACCACCAGGACAACAGGUUAGCUGUGAAGAUUAAAUCAGGGACCGAGGAAGAGGAGGCUGAAGAACAAGAACAGAAGGUGGUGGUUAAACGAGAGCCGCUAAGCUCGCCUGAGCCGACGGAUGAAAUCAGUGACGUGACAUCGCAGGCUGAGGGCAGCGACCCGGCCGAGCCUGGAUGUCCAGAGGAGGAGGAGAAGGUGGAGCUGAGCCCAGAGAGCAGCGACCGCAGCUUCACCUCAGAACCCCGACCCAGCUCAGACUCUCUGCUGCAGCCCAGCUCCCAGCUUCUCAUCAAAUGCCACAUGGGAAAAGGCGCCGGAGGUUUUGGAUGUAAUAACGGAUCAAAUAGCAAACCUGGUUUCAGUAUUUCUAGCUUCCUUAGCCCAAAGGAUUAUGGAAGUGGUGUUGCAGGGUUGGUUACAGGAGAAGAUGAACUGCCCAACACCACAACUGGGGAUGCAGUAGCACAUCACUUCCUGAUGAGACAGGAAGCUGCCAGACCACCUGGCUCUGCUUCUUCCUGUCUUCUGCAGUCCCCACUCAGUGGUGAGAGUCGCAACAGCUUUGGAGACAACUUGCAGCAUGAUUCUCUGUUCCUCCGUCCCCUGCACGACAGUAUGGGGAACCCCAGAGGAGGUGGGGGAAAUAUGAGUGGAGGGCAUGGAGGGUUUGAGCCCUUUGGUUUGGACUUCCAGCGCUCCAGUCUUGGGCUUCACUCUCUAGGGCGACCCUCACGAGGAGCCGGAGGAGCCGCCAAUGUUUCUCUGGGUUAUCCAGGAUACAGGCGUAUUGCCCCCAAAAUGUUGGCCGGUAUAGGUGGAGAAGAAGGUGUAGGCGGUGUUCUUCAGGAUUCUGCCUCUUCCUCCUCAAGUCUGGCAAGUCCCCUGCUUCUCAACGAGAGCGGUGGGUAUGACAUGAACAGUGGCAGGCCCACCUCCCUCCCCCCUCAGCUCACCCGUGCUUCAGCUGACGUCCUGUCUAAGUGCAAGAAAGCUCUGUCAGAGCACAAUGUCCUGGUGGUCGAGGGAGCUCGGAAAUACGCCUGUAAAAUCUGUUGCAAAACCUUCCUAACCCUGACUGACUGCAAGAAACACAUCCGUGUCCACACAGGGGAGAAACCCUACGCCUGCCUCAAGUGUGGGAAGCGCUUCAGCCAGUCCUCCCACCUAUACAAGCAUUCCAAGACCACCUGUCUGCGCUGGCAGAACAGCAACAUGUCCAACGGCCUGAUAUAGGAUUUGGAGACAAAAUAUAAAACCCCCUAAAAAUGUCAAGUCAAAAUUUUUCUGAAGAUGUGAGGGACAAGUCAGAUCAGCUGUAAUGUUUAAACUAACCAGUCCUGAUCACAGACCAAAGACGGGAAUGAUAAUGUUAUCAUCUUUUUUUUAUUUCGGAGAAACCAAUAAUAUCAAGUCUGUAAAAAGUAUCUGUAAAGACAUUUAAUCGGAUGGAAGAGUGUAGGGAUGCAGGACAUGUAUGUAUUGCUAUUGACUCACAGUACCAUUGAUGUACAUUGUAUUAUCUCCUAUAUGAUUAACAAAAAGCAAAUGGACUUCGUACUAUAUGAUGUAGACCAGUUCAGGCUGUAAAGCAGCCACACUGUUGGCGGUUUGGUGUUUUAAAAAAAAUCGUCCUUGUCUGAGUGUUUGUAGAUCAGAAGCAGCUGCAUCACACUGCUGAGUGGUCCCAACUGUGCAUAUUAAUUCCUUGUUCUGUAAAAUGACAGACAUGACUUUGAACUAACUGGUUCAGAGUCUGUUUUGGUGCAAGAUAUAAUUCCUGCAUUUACUUAGAAGGGUCUUCCUUUCGUCUACUCAAAGUGCGAAAGGUAGAUAGAGUUAGAGAACCGGAUAAGAACAACAACAGAAAACAAUUCAACAUUUUAAAGCAGCUGCAUUUUGAACCACCUGAGUUAAUAUUGUUAACAGCUAACCAAAUUUUGUUCGGUAGCUGGCAAAUAAUUCAGUAUGAAGUAACAGGGACUUCACACUUUACGUGACGACAAGAGUAAAUGUAUUACUUUGAUAAAUAUGUACCUGUGGAUUGUCAGGUCCAAUUUGUGGAGCAAUGGGACCUUUACAUUUAUCUGUUCACAUCUUUCCUCGGUUUACAGCUCAAGCUAUUAACAUUGACAUCCCUUUUGGUUAAGGAAGUAAAAAAAUAUUAUAAUUGAACUUGCAGCAUCUUUGCAUUAGCAGCAGGAUCAGUUCUGUGUUUACUGGGCAUUCCGGUCUAAUUUGGAGAAAUGCAUAAUAUGAUAUUGUAUCAUAAUGCUACGAUAAUACUGAGAUAACAACUUCACAGAAGAAUGUACAUGCACCUUAUUUUGUGUCAAGAUUAGCAAAACUGCUUACUAAUAGUUUUUCGUAUUGGUUCCUGACUGCUAAUGACACGAAGAAAAAGUCAGCUGUGGUCAAACGCAUUCAGUGACUGUCCAAUUUUCUGUCUGUCUGUGUGUGUGUGUGUGUGUGUGUGUGUGUGUGUGUGUGUGUGUGUGUGUGUGUGUGUGUGUGUGUGUGUGUGUGUGUGUGUGUGUGUGUGUGUGUGUGUGUGUGUGUGUGUGUGUGUGUGUGUGUGUGUGUGUGUGUGUGUGUGUGUGUGUGUGUGUGUGUGUGUGUCACACUUGAGUAUACUGUUUACAUGAUAAAGAUGUUCAGCAUGUGCGGAAAAAGUGCUUUGGAAAUGUAAAUAUAGCAUAUUGUGGUUGGAUUCAUAAUUUUGCUCUUGGAGAUAAGACAAAACAACUCAUGAACUACUCAACGUUGUGUAUAAUUUGCUACUGUACUUUAUCAGUGCUUUAUAAAUGUCUCUUUUUACAUCUAAUGUUGCAUCUGUUACUAAAGCACUUAGAAAAAUCAUGCUCUUUUAUAACUAACAUGUCUACUAGAAUGUUAAACAUUUGAAAAGUAUUACCGUAUUGCAAUUAUCCAACUCUACCUGCUCCGUUACUUCACCUUUAUGUUGGAUUGGAGUGAAGUUUGGCUCCUCUUAGCCAUACAAAUAUUACAUUUGUGCAAAUAUCUUGAGCAUCAUUGAAUAUUCACCAUGGGGAUAAUUUAGAAAAAAAAUAUUUUUACACAAUCAUUUUUUACAUAAAUGAAAAUGUAAAAUGAGUUUUCUCUACCCAAAUAUACUUAAUUGUGACCUUUAACAUGAUUGGUACUGUAAGUUUUCUCAACUAUUGUUGAAUUUUAUUUUUUAAGAUUCAAAAAUACCACACAUCCUUAGGAGGAAACCUAAUUUUAGUUUAGCUUAUAGAAAAUAACAUCAUACUAAAGAUUUUAAAUUUAACUGAGAAUGUCUGACUUCAAGCAGGAUGUAAAUAAGAGCAGCUUCUCUGGUAAUUGAAUGUCCAUGCAGUGUUGUAAAGUUCUGUUUUACUGAACUGAAAAGAAAAGAUAACUUCAAAUAUGGGUUUUUAUAUACCUGAUUGCUUGCUAUAUCAUGUCUCCUUCACUGUCGGAGAGAUUCACGUGGUCUUUGAAUUUCAUUUGCUUUCCCCACUGCACUGUAAAGUCAUUGCACUGUUAGCCUGUAGAAAAUGACAGAUUUUAAAGCAUAAUCUUAAAUAGACAAAUAGAAGAGACUGCCUCUUCAGAUGUUCUCCCUGUAAAAAAAGUAAAUAAAAGGUAACCUGCCCUGUAAACCUCUUCACUGUGGAGUAAUGUCGCUGUUGCCUCCUCUGUCAUGGUGGAAAGAUCAGGCUGUGAUUUGACCAAAUUAUGAGGUGAAGGAAAAUUCCUCCCAAAUGGCUUCCAUCUCUCUCACAGUGGCCUAUUAGGAAUUCAAAUGCUGCUCUUCCAAAGCUGUUGAUGUGAAUCUCUGAAAAAUGCACUGACUAUUUUACCCCUGUAUGAAUAUGCCAAACUUAAAUUGAUUAAGAAAGUCACUGCCUUACGCGCUCUUAUCUUGAAAAGCUGGGCUUUUGUUGAUAUGCCAAAUCUGAAGGAUAUCUGUUUUUAUUCCUGUACACCUAACGUUGUGUAACCAUGAGUGGACUAAAUGUUUGAAGGCUAUGAAGAUUGUAUAGUAUGUUCAGUCGUUGUAUAGAUUGAAUUAAAAAAAGAUGAAAAUAA